GACUGACCAAUAGGAGCUCGCUGAACCUUGGCUCGAACGGGGCGCUCGAGGAGUCCGGAGAGUUGUUUGGCGCCGGCGGGCGCCGAGUUUUGCGCGGCAACGACAGCAGAAGUCGCAAUCGGUCGGGGCGUCCGACCUGGUUCCUGUAGUUUAAGUGAUGGCUCAGGAGGCAAUGGACUGUGAUCUUCAAGUACCAUUAGAUGGUAGUACAGGACAGGCUGCUCCAACUGACGUUACCAGCCAAGGGGCACCCCUCCUCCCGCCUGCCCCAGCUGAAGUGGUCAGCAGCCAAGGAGGGGCACUUGGUCAGCCUGCCCCAGCUGAAGCGGUCAGCAGCCAAGGAGGAGCACUUGGUCAGCCUGCCCCAGCUGAAGUGGUCAGCAGCCAAGGAGGACUGCCCCUCUUACAGCCUGUGCCACCAGCAUCCAUUGAUUUGACAGAGGAUGCCCAGCUCUCAGAAGGCAAUGUGGAGGCAGUCACUCCAGGAACUUCAGAAGCGCGUAGACGGGGAUCUGGUGCUAACGAGAGUAUCCGAGCUGCAACAGCGGUUUCGAUGAACAACUUCAUUAGUGGGCUGCAGAGACUCCAUAACAUGCUGGAGCUGCUGAGACCGCCACCUUCAAACCACAGCGUGGGGCCAGUGCGAGUGAGGAGAAGAACAGGAUCCGUUUUAAGGGCCAGAAGUGGAGGGUCUCAGAGGCCAGAUGGUGCCAGGUUGAGAACACCAAUGUCUGCCUACUUUCAGGUAAGCAGGUCUCAGCCCUACGUACCAGCCACUGCCCCUGAUUCACAGACCAGGAAUCCCACAUCAGGAACUGAUUCUGACAGUGAUGGCUCUGCAGAGAAUGAAGAGGUUGUUGUCCAGGCAGAAGAACCCGAAGCUAACAUCCCAGUAGAACAUGGAGUUAUCUCAGCAGAGCAAGAAGCUACAUCUGUCACAGGAGGUGAAACAGUCCAUGAAGAGAAGUCUCCCCAGAAACCCGACGUUCUGUCUUCUGUGGAUGAUGAAGAAGGGGAAACUUGCACAAUAUGUUUGGAACAGUGGACAAGUGCUGGGGACCAUCGGCUCUCAGCGUUACGCUGUGGGCAUCUCUUUGGAUAUAGAUGCAUUUCUAAGUGGCUUAAAGGACAGACACGAAAAUGUCCUCAGUGCAACAAGAAAGCCAAGCACAGUGACAUCGUUGUUCUUUAUGCCCGGACCCUCAGAGCUUUGGACAACAGUGAACAGGAGCGCAUGAAAAGUGACUUACUGAAUGAACAAAUGCUCAGGAAGCAGGCAGAGUUAGAAUCUGCACAGUGCCGGCUCCAACUUCAGGUCCUCAUUGAUAAAUGCACCAAACUCAAUAGCCGUGUCCAGGACUUAGAAGCCUUUGUUAUGCAGCAUCAGAAUCAAAUGCAGCAGCGCAAGGGCUCCCAAGCACUUUGCAAGAAAUGCUUGCCCUCCCGCCGGAACCAGCAUAAAUACAUCUUCCAAAAGACCUUUGCAGUAUCUCAGACAGGAAACUGCCGAAUUAUGGCAUAUUGUGAUGCUUUGAGCUGCCUGGUGGUAUCACAACCGUCUCCUCAGUCUUCUUUCUUGCCAGGCUUUGGUGUUAAGAUGUUGAGCACUGCCAACAUGAAAAGCAGUCAGUACAUUCCUAUGCAUAGCAAGCAGAUCCGUGGACUAGCUUUCAGCAGUCGAUCCAAAGGCCUUCUGCUCUCCGCUUCCUUUGACAACACUAUUAAACUGACCAGCCUAGAAACAAAUACUGUUGUGCAGACUUAUAAUACUGGACGUCCUGUUUGGAGCUGUUGCUGGUGUCUUGAUGAAAACAAUUACAUCUAUGCUGGACUGGCCAAUGGUUCAAUUCUGAUAUAUGACCUACGGAACACAAAUGCCUAUAUACAGGAGUUAGUUCCUCAAAAAGCCAGAUGUCCUUUGGUGUCCCUGUCAUACUUACCCAGAGCUGCUGUGACUGCAUUUCCUUAUGGUGGGGUGCUGGCUGGAACCCUGGAGAAUGCCUCCUUCUGGGAGUUAAAAACAGACUUUUCUCAUAAGCCUCAUGUGCUUUCCUUGGAGCCAGGGGGCUUUGUAGACUUCCAGACAGAGAGCAGCACCCGACACUGUCUCGUGACUUACAGGCCUGAUAAAAGCCAUAACACCAUGCGAACUGUGCUGAUGGAGAUGUCUUACAAACUAGAUGAUGCUGGAGAGCCCGUCUGUUCCUGCCUUCCUGUGCAAACAUUCCUUGGGGGACCCACUUGCAAACUAUUGACCAAAAAUGCCAUCUUCCAAAGCCCAGAGAAUGAUGGUAAUGUCCUAGUGUGUACUGGGGAUGAAGCAUCAAAGUCUGUCCUGCUGUGGAAUGCUGGCAGUGGCUCGUUGCUGCAGGACUUGAAGACUGAUCAACCUGUCUUGGACAUCUGCCCAUUUGAAGCAAAUCAGAGCAAUUAUUUGGCCACCUUAACUGAGAAGGAUGUCCAUUUUUAUAAAUGGGAGUGAGCAUCUUGAGACCCUCCAGUCUUGCUGCUAGUUAAUGUUAAGUAUUAUUCUUAGCACCUAGUAGCCCUGAACAAAAUACCUGUUUAUAUGCCGUAACUAGAACUUUUGGAUCAUGGGUUCAUUUGGAUUAGUGUGAUUCUAGGUCACAGAGACACUAAGAUUGUGUAUGCUAUUUGCACCAAAAGAGUACCUUUGUGAAUCUUGCCUGGACCAUUCUUCAUUUAAAUUCUGCAGAUCUUAUAGUCCUCUCAGCUGUUAUUUAGGAUCUGAAUAUCCACAACAUUUUGGGGCUUGUGAUACCCAACAGGCCUGAAUUGCCUUGGGUAGAAUUUGAAUGCCCAACCUUUUAGUAACUUGAUCUUACUCACACCUCUGCACUGUUGCCCCCCCCCCCCCCCCCCCCCCCCCCCCCCCCCCCCCCCCCCCCCCCCCCCGUUUGGUACUUCUCAUGCGGUAUGUGUUGCAUCAACAACAGUUACAUUCCAGGUGUACAUGCUUUCUAGAAUGUUGACAAGUCCAGUGAUGGAGGUGGCUGAUGAGCUAGCUGUAUGUAGAGCCAAUGGCUAGAGCUUGUGUGCAUUCAGUUCAUUGCAUUGUGGGAGGUAAAGAAAAGGACCAGUUGUUGGGGCAAUUGUGAAAGACUUAACUUUUUCUAGUUAGCUUAGAAUCCUUAGAGGUUUUUAUUCCCCACCACGCCAGUGCUUAAGGACAUACAGUUCCCGGGUAAAGGCUUCCUUUCCUGUGUGUGUGAAAUGUCCGAUUCUAAGUUCCUUUGAUUUGCUUUCCAAUCAUUUCUGCAAGUGUUGUUUGUUAAUAAAGUGAUUAUUCUCAGGAAUGUAGUAGACCUGGACCUGUGGAUGGCAGAAAGGAAGACACUUAGAACUUGCAUUCUGCUGGUCCUGAACUGUCCAGCAUUUAGAGUUAUGCUCAGGUUACAUUUGUCUGCUUCGCCUUAGGCUACACCAUUAAACCACUGCCUCUAGAACACCUUGUCUCAAGGCACAGACACCAUGGCCGGUUGCCUCAAAUAUUUGUUGGGGAGGCACUAUCCUGUCCUUUUUAGUAAGCGUUCUGUCCUACGUGUCAAACUCCGGAGCUGUUUUGGAUCUUUAUUACCAGCAGGGAACUAUUAAGGUUAAUUAACCUAGAGUUCCAAGUUGUGGCUAUAUGUAUUCAAUGAAACCUUCUAUUUGAAGAUACUUAGGAGUUUUUGGCUUUGUUUUAAUUUUAAAGCUUUAAAGAUGUCGGCUUCCACAGCUUGGGGAAAAAGCCCCCCUCUCUCCCACGCUUUUAAAAGUAGUUGCCUAGACCUGGAGCUUCAGGGGCAGGAUAGAACUGAAAUUAGAUAGAACUCGGGGAACUUCAGCAGAUGGCCACAGAGAAAGCGCCGGGUGUCAGGUUGGUGUGGGGCAGGGUUAGAAUUUGACUUGCCUUGAAGAAUGUUUAACUAAGGCUGACUGGUUAAGGUUACUACCACAGAAGCUAAAAUAAAUAUCAAGCUUUGCCACAUUUUGCAUUUCCACAAUAAAUUUGGCCAGGGCCUCACAGUUGUUGAGUUUUUGCUCUACUGCUGAGCUGAAUCAGAAACCCAAAUCUGUGAUUUGGAAGCAGAUUCACAUGAUGGACUGAUUCUCUAAAGAAAACCUUCCCCUUCCCACCCCUACUUGCAGGAACCUUCAUCUCGAGACCAUGACUCUAAUCUUAGCACCAGCAGGACGUUUGUUUUUAAAUACUAUCAUAAUACUUUGGAAUUUCUGAAUAUUUGCUGUGUUUCUAUGUUUGUUGUGAUGUUAGUAAAAUAAAGGAUUUGCCAUGGAUAACAUCAA